AGCUGACGGCGGUGGCGCUGGGGGCGGCGGCGAGGGGCGGGCGCCGGCACUCGCAGUUGGCCGCCGCCGCCGCCGCGCAGGAGCCGCCGCCGGGCCGGAGGCCGAGCCGCCGCCGCCGCCGCCAUGCCCUCGGAGAAGAGCUUCAAGCAGCGCCGCACCUUCGAGCAAAGAGUUGAAGAUGUACGACUGAUUCGAGAACAGCAUCCUACUAAAAUCCCGGUGAUCAUUGAAAGGUACAAGGGGGAGAAGCAGCUUCCAGUUUUGGAUAAGACCAAGUUCCUGGUGCCAGAUCAUGUCAACAUGAGCGAGCUAAUCAAAAUUAUCAGGCGACGCCUGCAGCUCAACUCCAACCAGGCGUUCUUCCUGCUGGUGAACGGACACAGCAUGGUGAGCGUUUCCACGCCCAUAUCCGAGGUGUACGAGAGCGAGAAGGACGAGGACGGCUUCCUCUACAUGGUGUACGCCUCUCAGGAGACUUUCGGAGUGCAAUCUUCCGUUUAGGACACGCGAGCGGCUUCUAGCCUAGGAUCUCGGUUUAAACUUGGCCAUCACCCCCACUCCUCCCCACACACACCCCAGGGAAAGAAACGGAUGUCACCUACGCUCUCAGUACCUUAGCAUAGUCUUGCUUUAGCAGGUGUCUUAUCUUACCUUGCCUUGGUUGUGACUAUUAAACAGUACAGGCGAGCACCUCCAGCUUUGAAACCUGCUGUAAUAUUCCACACAGGCACAUUUACAUUUCUGGACUCUGAAUGGAACCCAAUUGUGCAUGUGACAACUGCAAAUACAGGGACACUCGAUUGACUUUAACAAGCGAACAGGCACCAGUGAGGAGCUAAAGUGUUUCGUGUGACAGUUUUCUGGAGAAUCUCCCCGUGAUUCCAUAAAGCUUUAUUUUUUUUCCUUUUUCUUUUUUUUUUAAAAAAAAAAUGGGAAGGCUUCUAAUGAGAGCAAGUAUGUUUUAACGUUCCAGAGCUUUGCCUUCUGCAGCUCGAUGAGGCUCGUGUCAGUGCUGCAGUGCGUUAAGGCAAGUGCUUGGGGUGAGCUGGGGGAGUACAACUCUUUUUGUCUCCCGUUCUUCUGGCACUGCUGCCUUAGGAACGGUGCCGGUUUCUGAAGUAACUCAUACCAAACACCACAGCUUUAUUGUAGUUUUAGGAAGUGUUAACUGUAAAAAAAAAAAAACAAAACACAAAAACCCACCUGGACAGGUAACGUUGAAAUAAACUCCAGUCUGUUACGAAGUUCCAA